AUGGCAUAUCAACACAUCUCAGAUCCAUCCAUCCAAACUUACUUCCCAAUCCAAGCUGAGGAGGAGAGGAUUCAAUAUUUCCCACUCGCCAACUCACAUAGUGCACAAAGCGGGAACCAACAUGAGUCAUCAUAUUACGACACUCAUUGGAGGUCCAGAACGCGAACCGAAACAGACGAAUCACUUGCGGGAUAUCGAACUGGCGGGAGUGGCUCACCUGAAGACAAUUCAUUGAUUGCUGGGUUUAGCGACUAUCGACCCUCGAACAAUCAGCAACGUCCCCGUGUUCGCGGUUUCGCGGCAAAUGUAUCCAUCAAUCGAAAGCCAGUGGCCACGUCCACAUGGUCACUGGAGUCCAAAAAUAGUAAUCGCUUCUUGGAUCGUGUUGAAGGAGUUCCCGGAGAAACGGAGACGUCGCUCGCCGUGAAGCCACUGUGGAGGAUCUGGGGAUGGGAGGUAACAUAUAUUUUGCUCAGCAUUGCCGCGUUCAUCACGAUCAUUGUGGUUCUUGACAACUACGACCAGCAACCAUUGCCAGAUUGGCCCUUGAGUAUGACGCUGAACACGUUCCUUGCUUUCUUCACAACCCUGUCCAAAGCUGCCUUUAUGCUCCCCGUCUCUGUUGCAAUUAGUCAAUCGCAGUGGGGGUGGCUGCGAAAGAACCGGCCGUUGUACGACCUCCAUGUCUUCGACCAGGCGAGCAGAGGUCCAUGGGGCUCGAUUAUGCUGCUAUGGCGGAUUCGACACAGGCAUUUCGUUACCCUGGGGGCGUUCCUUAUGAUUGUCAGCGCUGUAACCUCGCCCAUCACACAACUUGCCAUUAGCUAUCCCGUUCGGGAUGCCGUAGCUCGCGAGGAAGAAGCAAGAGCACCAGCGGUCCACACCAUCGUCUCUCCUGCAGACCGCAUGGACAUUGCAUCUCGCAGAGCGUUGGUGAUGGCUACCUUGUCCGACAGCACUGGGUUCCGAGAGUCAAUUUCUCCCGUCGGCGCAUUCUGUUCCACGGGAAAUUGCACGUUUGACUCCUAUCAGUCCUUAGGGAUUUGCAUGAAAACGGCCAACAUCACCUCGUACAUGCGCGUCGAGGAGUUUGAUUCCCCUGAGCUGAUCGAAACCCUCGUGCUGGGCUUCCCGAACCCCGAGGCCAAGGUGUGGAGGGCAUCUCUCCCCGGCGGCUUUGAGAUGGCUCACCAGACGCCGUUGGUGGCCAUGGUUGAUAUGCUGAAUGGCCGCGCGAGCUUUGCGUUCAAAGACAGCGACAGUCUCCAGCAAACCAGGGUCGCGUCUUUUGUGCUGAUGCACACCGUUCCGACAGCUUUCGAUGAGACGUUGUGGGGGCAGAUCGAAGAAUCUGUGUCGUCGCCAAUGACGGCAGACGUGAUACAGGCAAUACGUGGCUUCCGGCAUGAGGCGGUAGAAGUCCUGUUUCAUUUAUGCGUCCAGACGUACGAGACGAAGGUCCAGAUGGGCGUCGAGACGACACACAUCGUAGAACAGUCAGCGGAACUCGCAGAGGGAACAGAUCCUUUCUACCUGGACAUGAACUGCAGACCGCUCCUGAAACAAGCCUCUCGCAAUUGCAACCAGAGCAUAGACCGGUGGAACGAGACUCUUCAACUCAAGGGCCCGGCGGCAACGAACCUGGCGAGGCUCAACACGACCGUUGAGGAAGGGUUCAGCGCAAGUCUCCAGUCACUAGAAAAGAUGGCCACCAACAUGAAAGUUGACCUUGUGGGAUAUGCAAGUGCCAGCUACGUUACUGAAGAGUACCAAGACACGGCCAUCUUCUUUCGCGGAACGGAGUUCAUCAAGACCCUCUUCCAGGAUGUGCUCUUCAGCAUGAGCACCAUGGCCAACCACACGCUCCAUCACAACGUCAUGAACAAUUUGUAUGCAAACAUUGCAACCAGUCUAUCCAUGUCGAUGCGCUCGGGUGAGCCGCAAAAGUACGCAGUCGACGCUUUCAACAUCUCCGGCGUUGCGUGGACACAGGUUUCGUACGUCCACAUCAGCUGGGGGUGGAUCACAGUGUUGGCUGUCGAGAUUACCAUCGCGGUCCUCUUCCUCACUUUGACAAUCGUCAGCCAGGGUAUCUCUGACAGCGGCCGGGGGGCUCGUCAAGAAAGCUGCCUCCCCUUCCGGGAUGCCAAGAAUUCGUCUUUGGCCACUUUGGUCGCCCUCAGCGAGGCCACUCGCGCCAAGGCGGGCGGCGGCGUUCAGCCCGUGGACGAGUUGGAGAAGAUUGCAAAAAGACUGAGAGUCAGAUUCGAGGGGAACCAAAUUGUUCCAGCGGAAGAAGGAUGCAACACGCCCUCCGAAGGAACGGCGACCCGAUAA